CGGGCGGAGAGGCGCGGCGCCGAGUCCCGUUAGAAGCAGUGCGGAACCCGCCGAGAGAGCCCACCGGCGCAGGACGAGUGACCUGCCGUGCCCAGCCCGCCGGGAAGAUGCCGAAAACGAUCAGUGUGCGUGUUACCACCAUGGAUGCUGAGCUGGAGUUUGCCAUCCAGCCCAACACUACAGGGAAGCAACUCUUUGAUCAGGUUGUCAAGACAAUUGGUCUAAGAGAGGUGUGGUUUUUCGGACUGCAGUAUCAGGACACCAAGGGCUUCUCCACAUGGCUGAAAUUGAACAAAAAGGUGACAGCACAGGAUGUACGCAAAGAGAGCCCCCUGCUUUUCAAAUUCCGUGCCAAGUUCUACCCAGAGGAUGUGGCAGAAGAGUUGAUCCAGGACAUCACUCAGCGCCUUUUCUUCCUCCAAGUGAAGGAGGCCAUUCUGAAUGAUGACAUUUAUUGCCCUCCAGAAACAGCUGUCCUUCUGGCUUCUUAUGCUGUCCAGUCAAAAUAUGGAGACUUCAACAAAGAGGUGCACAAGUCUGGCUACCUGGCGAGUGACAAACUGCUCCCACAGAGAGUUCUGGAGCAGCACAAGCUUAACAAGGACCAGUGGGAGGAGAGGAUCCAGGUGUGGCAUGAGGAACAUCGAGGAAUGAUUAGGGAAGAUGCUGUCUUGGAGUACCUGAAAAUUGCACAGGAUCUGGAAAUGUAUGGUGUGAACUACUUCAGCAUUAAGAACAAGAAAGGCUCUGAGCUCUGGCUAGGUGUAGAUGCUCUUGGACUCAACAUUUAUGAGCAGAAUGACAGGCUAACACCAAAAAUUGGAUUCCCUUGGAGUGAGAUCAGAAAUAUCUCUUUCAAUGACAAGAAAUUUGUUAUCAAACCUAUUGACAAGAAAGCACCAGACUUUGUGUUCUAUGCCCCUCGGUUACGGAUUAACAAGCGGAUCUUGGCGCUCUGCAUGGGGAACCACGAGCUCUACAUGCGCAGGCGUAAGCCAGACACCAUCGAGGUGCAGCAGAUGAAAGCACAGGCUCGGGAGGAGAAGCACCAGAAACAGAUGGAGAGAGCCCUGUUGGAGAACGAGAAGAAGAAAAGGGAGUUGGCAGAAAAGGAGAAGGAGAAGAUUGAACGUGAGAAGGAGGAGCUAAUGGAGAGACUCAAACAAAUUGAGGAGCAAACCAAGAAAGCUCAGCAAGAACUGGAAGAACAGACACGCAGAGCUAUGGAGCUGGAGCAGGAGAGGAAACGAGCUCAAGAGGAAGCAGAGAAACUGGCUAAAGAACGUAGAGAAGCAGAAGAGGCAAAGGAGGCCUUGUUGAAAGCUUCCCAUGAUCAGCAGAAAACUCAGGAGCAGCUGGCUGCUGAGAUGGCAGAACUCACAGCGAGGAUCACGCAGCUGGAGCUGGCCAGGCAGAAGAAAGAGAGCGAGGCCCAGGAGUGGCAACAGAAGGCCCAGAUGGUGCAGGAGGACUUAGAAAAGACCAAAGAGGAGUUGAAGACUGCCAUGAGCACCCCUCACGUCACCGAGCCCAUGCACUCUGAGAAUGAGCAUGAUGAUGAGCAGGAUGAGAACGCAGCAGAGGCCAGCGCUGAGCUGCGGUCGGAGGCCACCAUCAAGGACCGCAGCGAGGAGGAGCGCACCACCGAGGCGGAGAAGAACGAACGGGUCCAGAAACACUUGAAGGCUCUUUCCUCAGAGCUGGCCAACGCUCGGGAUGAGACCAAGAAGACAGCCAACGACAUGAUCCACGCCGAGAACAUGCGCCUAGGCCGAGACAAGUACAAGACCCUGCGCCAGAUCCGGCAGGGCAACACCAAGCAGCGCAUCGACGAGUUCGAGUCCAUGUAAACUCUCCCCCGCGCCUGCCGCCCUGCGCUCUCUCCUCCCCCCUUCCCUCUCCCAUCCUCUCCCGUCAUUCACUCGUAACCGUGCUACGCUGGAACCACUACAGAAGAGUGACCACAGUCUUAUUUAUCGAGUUUUGGGCAAAUGCUGGAGCUGAGCAACAGAAGAAAAAGAGAAUUGGGAAAGCAAACCUGGAUCGGGGCUGAGCUGAAAUGGUUUGGCUUUGGGUAAAGUCUCACUGCGUUUCCUUUUGUACCGCUUACCCAAGUGGCUGCGUUGCUGUCCUCUCCUGCUGGCUGGGGAAGCCAGCAGAUGCUGUGUUGUGUGCUAACAGUUUGACACUGUGCCUUCCUACUAACUCCUGCAAGCUUCAGUAUUAAGCUUAGUAGCCAGAGUCUGAAUUUCUGACUUAAUACAGGGUCUGAAUGAUGUAGUUGAGAAGGGGAAGCUGGAGCACAGGAGGGAAGGUUGGAGGUGGAAUAUGGACUUUUCUAUCCAACAGACCAAAGCUUUUGUCUUUCAAACAUAAGCAGACCUGUGGCGUUCUUGCUGGUGUUACCUUUUGUUCUUUAAUGAUGGAACUUUGAAUUUCCUAAUCAUGAGGAGGCCUUUGGAAUAUUUCCACUGAUGUGGUGUAGUUUGGAGCUUUGACUUCCCUGCUUUCCAGAAGUUUUGUCUCUGGUAAAUGGCUUUUUUUUUUUCCACUGUCAUGUGUCUGACUUGAAUGUAACCAGAGAGGCAGAGGUAGCUAAAAACCACACUGCCUUCCUUUUUGGGCUUGCCAGUGGAAACCUGAAGGGGUAGGUAGGAAUGUAACAGGCUAAGAAUUCCUGCAGCUGUGUUUUUCCCUUGCUGAACCAGUGCAUUUCUAGUCAUGUGAAGAGGAUUUCAGGGUUUUCCCCAAGAGGCCUUUUUAGCACAUAGUCAUUGGUGCCUUACAACUUCGUAUAGAUCUACUGUAGCUCAGAUGUCUCUAGUUCAAACUAGAUGCAAUCAUAAAAAGUGAUCAGCAGCUGGGGACCAAAAACUACUCUGGAGUCUGUGUCAUGUACAAGGCUGCAUCUGUCUUCCUGGCUUCAAGCAGCAUUUGAGGAGAGAAGAUCCCAAGAUACUUAUCCAGUUGCUGCCUUAAUCCUCACUGGCUUUCUGCCAGAUCCCUGGCUCAAGUGUGUUUUUUCUGUCCCCAGAGGAUGCUUUGCCCCUCUAGCUUUGAGAACAGAAGGCUCUGUCUCUAAGAAGUGAUUGUGAGGCUGGUCCCAAGAGCCAUUUGUACCAGUUGUUGUAAUACCCAUCACCUCCUGUCCUCUAAGCUAUCUGUGCUGUAGCUACCCAGAACCUUCCUGCUGUUUCUGGGGAGGAAACAGCCAUGCAUGCUCAGGGUUUGAAUUGGAUUUUGCCUUGAUCCUUCAUAGAAGGAGAUGUUAAACUUCAGAAGAGGCCUCUUGAAAAAUGGAUUCCACCUACGCUGGAGUCCUCCUUUGUUUUUUCCCUCUGGGAAGUCAUCAGGCUAGCCUGUGAUUUAUUUUCAUGCCUAACAUGAUCCUAAACCUUGUGGCUUUCUCAAUUUUGUGGAUUCCCCCUCUGUAGGGCUGUUGCUGCUGGUGAUGAUAGGAGGAGAACAUCUGACUGCUAGAGCAGCGUCAGCUGCUGGCUCUGUGGGGGAGGAGGGGUAAAGAGGGGACUGUGCCAAAAACAAAUGUUCCUGAUAGUGUUAAUAAACUGCAGUAUUUCCCCAAGAAUUCCUUGGGCUGCUGGAAACGACCUCACCAGUGCUGUAUUUUUAUUGGGAAGCAAUACAAGCCUGUGUGGACAUCCACAUGGAUGCCUGCCUGCCUUCCAACCUCUGUUAGGUGCACAGCUUAGCAGGUUGUUUCUAAACAUCCAGGUAAGUCAUGUGGGGACCUCCUUCUCUCCCCUGGACACAACAUGAUUUGGGGGAGGACAAAGCAAGCAUUUGGUUGGGCAAAGCCACGUGCCUCUGAAAGUCACAGAUGGAAGAUUGCAGUUGACUUUGUCAGCACUGAUUUGUGUGUUUCUCUGCUGAAGGGGUAUUGACACUGGCUCUACCCAAGUCUUGUUACUGGGGGGCCAAACGACCUUUACACUUCUGGUUUGGUGCUUUAAAGCUGGUUCUGGGCACUCCUGCUCUGUCCAUGGCAACUAUUGGUGUGUCUGGGUUGCGGGGAAGGGGGAAAAGGGUAGGGGAGAAAAGCCUUGAUUCUAUUUCACCAGUUUCCUACCAAGCUGAUGUAUGGUGCCUGGACCACACGUUCAAAUAAUAAGCCAGUAAACCUUUCCUGCUUUGAUGGGUCACAACACUGCUGAGCUCCUGUGUUCUGAUGCUGGCAUGACUUCUGUUUAUAAGGUUCUUUUGUUUUUUAAAUCCUUCUGAUUCCCAAACUCUCCAAAAGUAGGAAUGGAACAACCCUGUGCCAGCGAGUCCACCUCAACUCUUUGUAGUUGUUUCAGCCCUGUCUUCUCCUCUCUCUUUUUUAACCAGUAUUAUAUUCCAGUGGUAUCUUAUGAUAUUUGAUUUCAAUACUUCUAGCUAUGCACAAUUAGGAAAAUAUUAGUCAUGGGGCAGAGGCUGUGUCCUCAUUCCCUUGGAAAUGUAUACUGUAUUGUAAAGAAAUGAUAUUUUGCAAGGAAAAAAAACAAAACUAAUGUAAGAAGCUUUCAGUAUUAUGGUGAGAUUUGUAGACAACUUUUUUUUUUAUGUCUUAGGCUACAGUGAAUUGUUCUUCUUCUUCCUCUCCAUCUUCCAGUUCAGUUGGAUAAUUGCUCCUCUUGGGGGUUGGGGAGGGGAGGGAAGUACUUUAUCAAACAUUUGCCUGGCUUGGUUUGGUGGUUUUGUUUUGGUUUUUUUUUUUCUUCCCUUCUUGUUUUAUUUCUUCUGUUUCUGUAAAUUAUGUUGAGGUGUUUUUGGUGUUUUUUUGGUGGUCUUUUGGGGUUUUUGGUUUGUUGUUUUGUUUUGUUUUUUUUUGACCAGUCUUUUUACUGGAUUAUAAUAAAACAUCAAUUCCUUGAGGUUGUGGAGUUAAUUCAUGGGUCCAUGUGCUUAAUCUGCAGAGAGAACCUUGAUAUUAAGGCAUAUAUUUUUUUUUUGUUUGUUUGUUUAUUUGUUUCCUGUUUGGAGGAGUUGUUAAAAUCCAUCCCUUGUUCUUCCUAAAGUGCCAAUAAAGUUCAGAGAAAACUCA